CUUGGAGUCAUGGCCAACAUGUGCCCGUAUGGCCGCUUCACCCACGCCGUGGUGCGGGGCGUCCCGGAGUCCUUCGGCCAGCCGGCCGGAGGCGGCCCCGAGAACGGGGAGGCCUCGGUGGACCUGGCCAAAGCCCAGCGCCAGUUCGGCUGCCUGACGGGGGCCCUGAGGCAGAAGGUGGGCCUGCAGCUGAUCGAAAUCCCCCCCGACCCCGACCUGCCGGAGAGCUGGAGGAUCGAGGACGUGGCGGUGGUCCAGGGGGACACGGCCCUCAUCACCAGGCCCUUCAAACAGCAGAGACGCAGUGAGGUGGAGGCGGUGAGGAGGGUGAUGUCGGAGCUGCGUGUGACGGUGGUGGAAAUGGGCGGCGAGCACGGCGACUCGGGAGGGGCCACGCUGGAGGGCAGCGACGUGCUCUUCACCGGGAGGGAGUUCUUCGUGGGCAUCUCCUCCCACACCAACCGCCGGGGGGCCGAGGUUCUGGCGGACACUUUCAGGGACUUUGCUGUGUCCACUGUUCCCGUCUGUGGGGGGGCCCGGCUGAAGAACAUCUGCUCCAUGGGGGGUCCGGACACCAUCAUCUUCAGCAACGGCGACGGGGCCAAGAAGACCCUGCGGAUGAUGGAACAGCUGACCGAUCACCACUACGAGGUGCUCACCGUCCCGGAGGAAUCUGCAGCCAACUGCGUCUACGUUAAAGGGCCGUCCAAACGGGACUUCCUGCUGCACCGGCCCGCCGAGGAAUGUCCCGACAGCGUCUCUGCCUUCCAGAAGCUGCCAGACUACACCCUCCUGCCAACAGCCUGCAGCGAGGCCUCCAAACUGGGGGCGUCUCUGUCCUCGCUCUGCCUCCUCAUCAACAGAAAGCACACGUAUUUCUGA